AUGACGUCGGCGUCGCUGACGCGCGCGCGCGCGCAGGUGGAAGAUCUCCUCGCGAACCGGCUGUUCGACAGCGCGGAGCACCUCGCCGGAUUCCUCGUCGCGUCCGCGUCGGGGCCCGGCGGUGAGCGCGUCCCGCCGUCGCUGCGCGCGGUGCACGCGACGCUCUUCGCGGACGCGAUGUUCGGGAAGCGCGAGUAUCGACGCGCGCUGACGCACUACCGACGCGCGGUCGAGCUCGCGCGCGUCGCGGACGACGCGACCUCGGUCGGAGCAGGAGGAGGAGGAGGAGGAGAGGGGGGGAGCGCGAUGGAGACGGAAGCGUCCACGCCGGAGGCGUCCGCGGCGCCGAGGACGCCGGCGCAGCCGGGCGCGGGGGCGUCCGCCGCGCCCGUGACGCCGAGCUACGGCGCGGACGGGAGAGCGAUCACGCCUCCCGCGUCGCGCGGCGGAUUCGGCGGCGGCGUCGUCGAGGCCGAGCUCAAGUUUAAGAUCGGGAGAUGCCACCUCGAACUCCGCGAGUGGCGCGCGGCGCUCGCGGAGCUGGAGACGAUCCCUUCGCGAUCGCGGUCGCUCCCCAUAACCCUCGCGCUCGGUAAGACGUACCAACGCACCGGGUACGAGCGCGCGGCCGUCGCGUGCUUCAAGGAGUGUCUGAGACAGUGCCCGUACGCGACCGAGGCGUACGCGUCCCUCGCGGCGAUGGGGACGCCCGAGGAGGAACUCCGAUCCUUCCUCCCCGCCCCGAUCGUCGCACCAGAAGACGGAACGUCAACCGUCGCCGGCUCCGACGUCGCGGUCGAGUACAUCGCCAGGCUCGCGCGCGCGCACGCGCUCCUCGGACGCCCGGACGCCGCGCGCGACGCCAAGGCGGCGUUCGGCGCGAUGGCCAAGACGUACCCAGACGACGUCCACGCGACGACGCUCUCGGGCGCGUUCUAUACACUGGUCCCCAUACGACCUCGUUGGCGUGGCGUCGCCGCCGCCGCAGCCGGGGACGUCCCCGCGGCCGUGCGAGCGUUCGAGCGCGCGCAUUCGAUGGACCCGCACGGCGUGGACGGGAUGGAUAUCUACGCCGCGCUGCUGUGCGAGCACGACGGCGACGAGAGCGACGAGAACGACGCGACGCGCGAGGAGUACGGCGAGAAGGUUGGCUUCGGCGUGUUGUCGUCCGUCGCGUUCGCGCCCGCGCGCCGCGAGCCGUCCGCGCGGCUCGCCGCGCUCGUGAACGACCUGAUGGCCGCGGACGCGGAGUCGCCGCAGGCGUGGGCGGCCGCCGCGACGUACUGGGCGGCGAAGAGAGAGCCGCACAAGGCGCUCGCGCACGCGGAGCGCGCGAUUCGACUCGACGACCGACGCGCGGACGCGCACCUCGUCAAGGGGACGCUGUGCCUGCGUCUGGGCAGGAACGACGCGGCGGUCGGGGCGUUCAAGCGCGCGGCCGCGCUCGAGCCGUCGCGCACGUACGCGCACGCGGGGGUCGUCGCCGCGUAUUCGCUGACGGGGAGGUACAAGGAAGCGCUCGCGGCGGCGAAGGAGGCGACGCGGUUGGCGCCGGCGUCGGCGCCGGCGGCGUCGCUCGUCGGCGAUGCGCAUCGAAAGUCGCCGAUCGAGGGGUCCUCGGAUAAAGCGCGACGCGCGUACGAGGCGUCGCUGAAGCUCGAUCCGUCCGACGCCGGGGUCGCGAUGGCGCUGAGCGACGUGCACGCGGACGCGGGGAGGCACGACACCGCGGCGGGGGUGUUGAGGAGGCAUCUGGAGCGGCACGCCCCCGCGGACGUCGCCGUCGCCGUUGCGCUGCGGUGCAAGCUCGGCGCCGUGCUCGCGGCGUCCAAGCUCCUCGCCGACGCGCUCGGGGCGUACCAGCAGGCGCUGACGCUCGGAUGUUGA